AUGUUUUCUAAUUUGUUGCUUCUCGCAACGUGGGUAGUCUCGGGUUGGGCUGCUGGUGUAUCUGGCGCUCUCCACGAACCGCCGUCCACAAGCACACCUCUCCCUCCAAGUCAAGAUAGCUGGUAUGUGCAGCCAGCCAAUAUCAGCAAAUACAGACCUGGAGAGUUGAUCCGGUCCCGUCAGAUCGAGAGCAAACUGCAACCUCUUCUUCCAUUCGGUGGCUAUGUCUCCGUGGACGCAGUCUAUCAGUACCUGUUUCGCACCACGGAUAGUCUGAACAAUCCCGUCGCUGUCAUUACCACUCUCAUUAUCCCGCAUAAUUCGGAUCCGUCGAAGCUGCUGGUCUACCAGGCUGCGUACGACGCCGCCAAUGCGGAUUGCAGCCCUUCAUAUACCCUCCGCUUUGGAUCUGCAAGUGGACUCGUGGGGCUCCUGUUACCAAACAGCACUGUAUCGACUGACAUCGUGCUGAUAGUUCCUGCGCUGAACCAAGGCUGGUGGGUGAUGGUCACUGACUAUGAAGGACUGCAUGCUCAGUUCGCCGCUGGUCUACAAUCUGCCUAUGCCACACUCGAUUCGGUCCGUGUAGUCCUUAGCGAGGGACGCAAGAUUGGGUUGGCCCGCGAUGUCCGGUACGUGAUGUGGGGAUAUUCAGGAGGUGCGAUUGCGGGUGGGUGGGCUGCAGAGAUACAGCCGUCGUAUGCGCCAGAGCUACAGUUUGAAGGAGCAGUCCUGGGUGGUUCCAUCGUCAAUAUCACCUCGCUCAUAGAAACGAUAAAUGGAGGCCCAUUUGUCGGACUCUUAUUUAGAGGCAUCUAUGGAGUUGCCAAGGCGUACCCUAGCCUCCUUGAAUGGAUGAACGAGAAUAUGCGCUCCGCCAAGAAGGAUGAUUUUUUUAAGCACGCUAUGAGCUGUCAGAUUCAAGGGACAGAUGGCACGUACCUUAAUAUAUUCGACUAUUUCGUUGAAGGUGAGAGGUCCCUCGAUCAUGUUGUGCCUGCAUCAGUGCUUUCUGUCUCUGGACAGAUGGGCCUCCAUGGGACUCCAACCAUGCCGCUGUAUAUCUAUAAGUCCUUGGCGGAUCAAAUAAGCCCAGCUAGAGACAAUGAUGCGCUGGUGAAAAAAUAUUGUGGUAAUAGGGCCACUAUCGAGUAUCAUCGAAACUUGAUAGGAGAUCAUGUAACAGAAGCCCUCACGGGUUCCGUGAAUGCGUUGGAAUGGGUUUCGGAUCGGUUAGCGGGAAUACCGAUAAUUAAUACAGGAGUAUGCAUCAUAAAGAACGUAUAUGUCGGCAAGAUUAACCCUUCGACUAUUCCUAUGCUCGGUGAGGAACUAUACGCUAUCCUGAGUUCGCUUCUCGGGAAUGGUCUGGGUUCUGCAUGA